CUUCGAUUCUCUGAGAACAAAGUCGAUAUUAAAAUGUCACAAUCCGAACAGCCGAGCCAUAGCUCGACUCCACGCUCGUUUACCAGCCAGACUGCGUCAGCAGAAGAUCUGCUUAAAUCGCAGACAGUUGGUCUCGUCCAUCUUUCCGACUUUCGCAAACGUCGCGCCGAGGUCUUAGAGCAAAAAGAGCGCGAAGCCCAUGACAAAUCCCUAGGAAGGUUCACCUCCAGAAGUGCAACUCCUUCGACUGGUGAAGUGACUGACGGCAACUCGACGCCACGCAGCGAGGGCCCGCCGAAGAAGAAGAAAAAGAAGCCUAUCACCAAGAGUAAACUUUCAUUCGGCGAUGACGAUGAGGAGGAAGAGAACGAUAGCACCGCUGAUGUAGCGGCAACGCCACGGGAUUCGAGUAUUCCCCGCUCUGCUUCCAGGACCCCCGCCGACGACAGCUCUGCGCCCUCAUCACGUCGCAUUACGCCGAACCCAAAUGCCCCGCCUCCUCCGAAAGCAAUGACAAAAGCCGCAUUGAAGGCAGAGGCAGAGGCACGGGAUGCGCUCCGCAAGGAGUUCCUUGCCAUGCAGGAAGCCGUGAAGAAUACCGAGAUAUUAAUCCCCUUUAUAUUCUUCGAUGGGACCAACAUCCCUGCAGGGACAGUCAGGGUCAAGAAAGGCGAUCCCGUUUGGUUGUUCUUGGACCGCUGUCGAAAGGUUGGAGCAGAAUUGGGUGUCGGCGGUAACAGCGGAGCAUCCAAGGCUCGCAAAGACAAUCGUCGCGAGUGGGCUCGAGUCAGUGUUGAUGACCUCAUGUUGGUUAAAGGAGAAAUCAUCGUUCCACAUCAUUACGAGCUUUAUUAUUUCAUCGCCAACAGUGUACCCGAUUUCACAAAGGCGGGUGGUCUGUUGUUCGAUUAUUCCAACAAACCACCUCCGGCGCCUUCAACAGACGAUCCUUUAUCGCGCCCGGAAAGCAGCCAACUAGAGGGUGCUGAUAAAGAUCCCUCUUUGACCAAAGUGGUAGAUAGACGAUGGUAUGAGCGGAACAAACACAUCUUUCCGGCUAGUCUUUGGCGAGAAUAUGAACCAGGGCCCGAGUUUGAGGAGAAGAUGCGGACGACGAGGCGUGAUGCUUCUGGAAAUACGUUCUUUUUCUAAACAUAUUCGGCGUGAAGCUUAUGGAGUGGCUGAUAUAAAUAAGAGCGUUGAGACCAUAGAUGAUGUAUAUUCCUGAGAUACCCAAUAAAACCAUACCUUAUUCGUAC